AGCCUCCUUCUCCAGCUGGGCCUUGCCUGGGCCUCCACGUGCUCGUCUGGCCUUCGAAGCCCCGGCCUGUGCAGUCCUGGCCGCCAUGUCUCUCCUGGCGGCCCUAGGGCUGGAGCUGGACAGGGCCCUGCACCCAGCUAGCGGGCUGGGGUGGCGGGUGGACUACGGGAAGCUCCCCCUGACCCCCGCCCCCCUGGGUCCCUAUGAGGCCCUGGAGGUGGGGCUUCCCGGGGGGAGUGAGCCCCUGGCAGGUGAUGGCUUCUCAGACUGGAUGACGGAGCGGGUAGACUUCACUGCCCUGGUCCCCCUGGAGCCCCCAAUGCCCCCCGGUGGCCUCCCCCCACCAUCUCCAUCUCCUUCCCCUCCAGACCUAGAGGCCAUGGCCUCCCUGCUGAAGAAGGAGCUGGAGCAGAUGGAGGACUUCUUCUUGGAUGCUCCGCUCCCGCCCCCUUCCCCAGUGCCUGUGCCCCUCCCUCUUCCCCACUUUGACCUCCCCCAGGCCCCUUUGGAUACCCUUGAUCUGCUGACCUUCUACUGCAGUGGGGAGCCUGGGCGGGGUGAGGGGGAAGGUGGGGAGGUCUUCCGAGCCCCCCUGCCCACCUCAUCAGCCCCCAGGCCAGCCCCUUACCCCGUACCCUCCCCGAGGGGGGACCGCAAACAGAAAAAACGUGACCAGAACAAGUCAGCUGCGCUCAGGUACCGCCAGCGGAAACGUGCUGAGGGGGAGGCCCUGGAAGGCGAGUGCCAGGGCCUAGAAGCUCGAAACCGGGAGCUUCGGGAACGGGCAGAGUCUGUGGAGCGUGAGAUCCAGUACGUGAAGGACCUGCUCAUCGAGGUGUACAAGGCUCGAAGCCAGAGGCUGAGGAGCACUUAGCACAAGGGGGCCGGGCAAAGGCUAGGCCUUGCAAGUGAAUGGGACCCCUCCCCACCCAGGGAGGCUCCCUUCUGGAAAUAUGUCUUUGGUCAAGGGGUGGGCAUUGACCUCAGGAAAGAAGUCAGGGGGAGCUUCCCCUCCAAGUCUGGAGCUCUAAAACAGCUCUCAGGCCUCAUCUGAAGAUUAGGCCAAAGGGGCUGGGGCUGGGGGGGGUGGUUGGGCAAGGGACGGUGGUGGGUAUUGGCUGGGAGAUGAGGUGGGAGGGGAAAGGGGAGGAGCCACACCUGGGCCUUUGUAACUAAUAAACAGAUUGUCCUGGA